AUGUCCACCCCAUCUGCUCACAGAACGCCUUCCCGCUCCGAACCCCCCCCGUCCGCUCACUCUGUCCACACGCCUCUCGAUCGCACCGGCGCUCAGGGUGCCCCGAAUAGCGUUCGCCGUGGAACCUCUCAGCAGCCGCCUUCUCGCAAUGCUCCAACACCUCAUGGGCGCGCAGCUCGUCGACAGCUCAUGGACCGCCGAACCGCCAUCUUCACGCCUGGCAAGAAGCGGCGCAAGAGCCAAAAUGACCAGCGCGAGGAUGCCAUGGAUAUUUUGCGACACCUCGGGAAGGCUCUGGCGCCUAACAGUCAAGUGAUCCACUCGUCGUCGUCGAUGGACUCGUCGGAUGGUUCGCCUGAGUCGACGGGCAAGAAACGCAAGAGUUCGAAAAAGAAACCGCGUCUCAGUGUAUGGGAAGAGGACGAUGGGCUGGAUGACAAUUUUCCCUUGGACAGACCGCGCUUCUCGCUGCCGAUCGAUCAGGACGAAGACGAAGAGGAGGAUCUGCCACCGCCCCGUUUGUCCGAGAAUUACACGGUGCAGUCAGUGGAAAUGCCUCGUCGAGCCGAUCCAGACCGAGACCAGGCACGGCUGUCUAUGCUUGGUGGGAGGAUGAGCGACGUGUUUGGGACUCUACCACCCGAAGAAGGAGGAGAGGGGCAGAGGGAGAGUGACUUCUUCGACGAGGGACUCUACGAGAACUUGAUGAACAGACCGGCCGAUGACGAGUACAACAGAAUCGACGACGAUACUCUACGAAGGGAAACGAUGGGAGGUGAUGAUUUUCAGAUGGGGACACCAGGAGGCAUAGAUGAGCCUUCGACAUUUGCAAUGUCUCCGCCAAUUAUCCCAGAUCCAGAGCUGACGGCGCCAAUAUUGGAGGAAGCCACCGGUGGGCUCGAGCUUGAUGCCGGCUCGGACCCCGAACCAGCUCCUUUCGAAGACUUUGACGACGGACAGCCGUUUGAAGACAUUCCGGGUGGCAGUGAUGAGGAAGGUAUACCCAUGGAUGAUGCUCCGAGUGAUCGAGGAGGCUCAGUGGAACCCACGAACGACCUUACAGAAAACAUCACUGCGCCACAGGUUGGUCAGGGGAGGGACGCCAUGCCAGCAAGGAAAAAGACACGCAUAUCACGGCAUGGGCUAGAAUAUCCAUCACUGCCACCAGCGUUUGUGAAAAAGGUUGCCCAACGAGCGCUGCAGUCGUCCGGCUUGAGCAACCCCAGGCUUUCGACUGAUACACUCGACGCACUCACACAGGCUUCGGAGUGGUUCUUUGAGCAAUUGGGUGAUGAUCUAGGCGCAUACGCGAGCCAUGCCAAAAGGAAGACGGUUGAGGAGAGCGAUGUCGUCACACUCAUGCGACGGUAA